AUGGCGCAGCCGGAUUCGGUCCAGGCGAACGGCAUCCCUGGACCGGACCAUGCUGAGUCCCCCCAGCCCGAGCCCCAGUCUGUCCUGCCCGUCAAAAGAAAGCGCGACGACGCCGACGACGGCGAUGAAGCGAACGGCGAUGAGCCCGAAAAGAUGGAGGUCGAUAUCGAAGCGCCCCAAGUGUCGCACGAAAAUAAGAAAGAGGCUAUUCGGAACUAUUAUACCGCCCUGAGCAGUUUCGAUGCAAACCCAUCAAUUCUGAAGCGUCCGCUCCCCGAACCCGAUGCAGACCAGCCCGACGCGAAACGCCAAAAGGCAGAGAGUUCCACCUCCAUCGCCGACAAAUUUACUCACGACAAGUACGCGCAUCUGGAGGAGCUCGCAUCGGACCUUGUCAAUGCUGUUAGGGAUCAGCUCAAGGAAUUGCAGUCCGCCCAGUCCGAUAAGAGCAAUGACGAGGUCGAUGGUACUGCUGCGAUACAAACCAAGAAGUUUCAGGAGAAGGCUAUGGACCUUCUCCGACGAGAAAUAUCCUAUCCGCACAGCUCUGCGAUGGCUACUGAUGCCAAGCCCCAAACCGACCCCAUCUCGGGUCAGGCUGUUCUGACCGUCUUUGGUCUCGCUCCUCACGGCAAACAACUGUUCUCGAGCUUGCCCAAGAAGACACCCGGAAAGCAAACGUCUGGUGCCAAAGCUUCCCCGUUGGACCUUCCUCCACCCGUCUCGACGUCGUGGGUCCUACCAACGCGAUCGAACGAGCGAACUGCGACUCUGGGCGACCUCUUCUCCUCUAGCAGGCCUCUGCCUCCGUUGCAGCCGCCCAAGCAACCCAAACAGAUGGUCAAGGGCAAUGUCCUGGGCUUCUAUCAUCCCGAACCCGCCGGGAAGUCAAAGUAUUUCCAUGAUUCCUAUUCUAGCAAAAAGGUGGCUGUCGGCUACUACCUGGACUACACGAAUGCGACACCAUCAUCGAAGAGCAAGACGAGACAACGCGAGCGAGCCCAGAGCCUGGCGGGCCGUAGACCCUCGGCCGCCGAACUCGAGGUUAACGAAAUGGAGUCACUCUUCCGUAGUGCCUUUUCUAGCUUCGCCCCCUGCAGAGAUGACUCUACCUCCGUCAUUCCAUCAACUCAUGCCGGUCGUCUCCACUGGCAAUUGACUGGUCAAAGAAAUUUCAACAAACUCAUCGAGUCCGAGCUGCAACAGUACGAAGACGAGGAGCCCGCGCAGCAAGAGACUGAGAAGGAGGUGGAUGAAGAGUUCGUGAAUGAGGCAAUUGAGAAGUGGGACGAUUGGCUCGUGGACCCGGCGCUGCAAGACAUGAAUGAAGUCGUGUCCAAGCCAAAGGAGAAGGACCCUGCCGAGAAGGAAGUCGACGACCUUCUCAAUGAUGUCACCGACAUGAUUGAGACCUUGUUGUCGUACCAGCGCAUUCGCAACCUCACGUUGCCCUCGUCGCAGAACCGGUACGCAGACCCUGUCAACGGUGACAUGCUUUCCCACGGUGCCGCCUCGACGCCGACAGAAGAGGAGACGGCGACGUACGAGACUCUUAAGGCUCAAUUAAGUCUUAUCAUCAAUACCCUUCCCCCUUACGCAGUGGCCAAGCUCAACGGCGAUCAACUUGAGCAGCUCCUUGUCAGUACCAAGCUCGAGGUCCGCACAGACCAGUACAAGGGCGUUAUGGACGAUGCAGCAGCUCAAGCACGCUUGCGGCAACAGCAAAACGUGGCUGCCGUUCCUCAAAACCGGCCGGCUCCGCACCGCACACCAAGCGCAUCCACCCCUUACAAUCAAUAUGGAGCCAACCAAUACGGCACGCCCUCCCGAACACCUUCGAUCGCCCCGACCAACUAUUACCGGCCCGGUCAGCAACCCCCGAUGCCCCCGCAGCAAGGCUCAAUGCCCCGUCCCGGUGGUACCCCCCACCAUAUGCCUCCGCAUCAAACUCCGCGCCCCGGUCAGCCAGGCGGCUACCGCCCAGCCAAUGGAUACACAAAUUACGCGCAGCAUGUCGGAAAGGCACAAACACCCUACGGUCAUCAGGGCGUUCAGUACGGAUCGCAGCAAAGGCCGCCGCAGUACCCAGGGUAUGCGGGCACUCCUCAGCAUGGCACGCCGAAUACUCGAUUUCAGCAGCCUUUUCAACAGCCUUAUCAGCAGCAGCAUCAUCAACCGCCCAGCACCCCUCAACCGAACUACGGUGGCUACUAUGCUAACGGCAAUAACAUGCAGCCGCGCAUGUCUCCUCAGGUUCCAGCUGGUCAGUAUCAGUCUCCAACGCCGCAUCAACAGCAGCGCCAUUAUGGGGCGACUCCCCAGCAAAACAUGCCCGGUACGCCUAUCAACCGCCAGCAGUACCCGAAUGGUAGCCACCAGCCCCAGCAUACGCCGAACACCAUGCCAGGAUACAACAUGGGCGGUUAUGAGACAGAUCAUCGCAAGCGCAUGGCAGCCGAACAGGCUAGAUUCCGAGCUGCUGCACAGCAAACAAGCAAUGCUUUCGGAAAUAAGAUGAUCGCAGGCGGUCACGAGGCGCGCUUAGCCGCCAUUCCGGCCGAAGACCCCUCGGAUGGUUCACCAAAUGUGAGAGCUCGCAUGGCUGCGGGCACCACGCCAAAGCCACAAAGCCCCGUCGGUAGUGCGGGUAGAAAUGGCACGCCGCCUAUCCCCCACAAAGUGACGCCAGUGCCUGUACCCGUCAUACCCCAACAGCAGCAGAGGAAACCGGCAUAG